UGACUAAAUCAGUGUCACUGUGUGUGUGUGUCUGUGUGCUGCUCUCCUUCUUCUUCAUUUUAUUUUUUUAUCGUGUGAGCUAUGAGAACCGUUAGCUUUGAAAAAGUGCAAUAAACAUCGUUAAACUGAUCGAACUUUCUGCGAAAGCUUCAGCAAACGUUCCCGACGGCAAAAUGCAGGCGACCAAAAUGCGAACACCGUUUGCCAUACAGGAGAUCCUCGGCCUCGGAGUCGGCGUCGGAGUCGGUGCCUAUCAACAGCAACAACAGCAGCAACAACAACAACAACAGCAGCAACAACAACAACAACAACAGCAGCAACAACAACAACAACAGCAGCAGCAAUCAUCACAGGCUGCUUCAGCUGCCACGCCCAGCAGCACAGAGGCGCCCCUCUCGCCGGCAGCGACGCCGCCCCCGCGCAAUGCGAACACGCCGCAACAGUCGGCGGUGAGCAGCGCCCAACAGUUGCAGCUGCAACUGCAACUGCAGGAGCAUCAUCAACAGCAGCAGCAACAGCAGCAACCGUCGUCGUCAUCAUCGAUUCGCGAUUCGCGCUCAAUUUCACCGGAUGUCACACGUUUGUCGGCCGCUGCUGCCGCCGCUGCCGCUGCCGCUGCCGCCGCCGCCCACUGCCAGCUGCCCGUUUUCAAUCCGGCAAAUUUCUAUGCCGCCGCCGGCUAUGCGGCUGCCGCCGAUCCAGCGAACGCUGCCGCCGCCCAUCAUCAUCACAUGACGACGCUGGCAGCGGCCGCCUAUCUGCGGGGCUUUCUGCCUCCCGGCUUCAGUACGCCGCACGAGUUUCGCGGCCAUUUCCAGCAGCAUUUCGGCGCACAGUUUGCAGAGCAAGCGGCCGCACGUGGUCAGGACUAUGCGAGCAGUUUGGCCAAUGCCAGUGGUGAUGAGCAGUCGCCCAGCAAGGGAGCAGGCGCUGCUGCAGACGCCGGCGCACUGCUCAGCUCGCCAACAGCUGGCAGCAACGGACAGGCGGCUGCUGCAACGAAUGCCGCCAGCAAUGGCGGCAGCAACAACAAUCACAGCAACAAUAACAAUAGCGCUGGCUCUGGUUCCGGUAGCGGUGCGGGUGCUGGUGUAGGUGCAGGUGCUGGUGGAGGUACAGCAGCUAGUCGGUGCUCCCCAACGGCCAGCUCGUCCUCUGCAUCUGCCGCAGCCCUGGCUCACGUGCAGCACACAGCACAGCAGCAGCAGCAGCAGCAGAGCGUUGGUCAGCCGACGGCUCAUCAUCAUGCCGCACUCGCCGCCCAUCAGCAUGCGGCGGCAGCGGCUGCGGCGGCACAUCAUCAUGCCGCUGCCGCCGCAGCUGUUCAUCAUGCACACCACGCCCACGCGGCGCACCAUGCGCACGCCCAUGUCCACGGACAUGUGCAUCAUGCGCAUGAGGCGGCAUUUCUUGGCGCCGGCGCUGGCGCCGCAGCCAAUCCGAAUGGCCUGCUAACCGGCCAUGGCGGUGAUGUUUUAGUCGGUCCCGGUGGCACUGGUCCCGGUGGCAAGAAGAAGAACAAGCGCAGACAUGGACGCACCAUAUUCACCAGCAGCCAGCUGGAGGAGCUGGAGAAGGCCUUCAAGGAGGCCCAUCCGGAUGUCAGCGCCCGCGAACUGUUGUCGAUGAAAACGGGUCUAGCCGAGGAUCGCAUUCAGGUGUGGUACCAGAAUCGCCGGGCCAAGUGGCGCAAGACGGAAAAGUGCUGGGGCCACAGCACGAAGAUGGCCGAGUACGGAUUAUAUGGGGCAAUGGUGCGGCACUCGCUGCCGUUGCCGGAGACAAUCAUCAAGUCGGCCAAGGAGGAUGAGUCUGUGGCGCCAUGGCUGCUUGGCAUGCACAAGAAGUCGCUGGAGGCCGCCGAGCUGCUGAAGAGCGACGAGAGCGACAGAGAGACGCCCACCUCGGAUGACACAAACACCUCCUACUCGGCGGGCAGCACACACAACUCGCCCAUCUCGAGCUUCUCGAUCUCGCGUCUCCUCUUCGAUGCCCCUCCGCCGCCGUCAGCUGGCAGCGGCAAGCAGAGCAAGCACGCUGCCCACGCUGCCGCCCAUGCCCACGCCCAUGCCCACGCCCAAGCCCAUGCCCAUGCGCACAUUGCAGCGGCGAACGCAGCAGCCGCUGCCGCUGCUGCAGCGCAUCAUCAUCAUGGGGAUGCCGCGGCAGCCGCUGCCGCUGCUGCGGCAAUGCAUCGUCAGCAGCAGCAGCAGCAGCAGGCGGCGGCGGUGCAGCAUGCGAUGCACUUGCACCACCAUGGCACCACCGCUGGCUAUGCCGAGGCAGCUGUAGCCGCUGCCGCUGCCGCCGCAGCUGUUGCAGCCGCUGCGAACGCACGCAAUGCUGCCGCAGCGGCCGCUGUUGCUGCCGUCGCCGUAAUCGAUUCCGAGCCGGACGAGGAGAAUGACGAGGACGAGGACAUGGACAAGGAUUGCGAUGCGGAUGUCGAUGGUGACGUCGAUGCCGAUCCGGAUGCCGAUCUCAUCCAUGCAGAUGUCGAAGCAGACACCGCAGACGACGAUGCCGAUGCCGACGGGGAUGGCGAAAUAGAUAUUUGCGACGACGACGACGAGGAGGAGGCAGCGCAGGCGCAGGCCCUGACGCACCAGCAGCUCUUGCUCAAGGUGAAGCAGGAGCAGGCGAACGCAGGCGCUGCUGAUGGCAGCAGCAGCACCACCACCACCACCAGAUGAAACAUGUACAUCGAUGUGUUGUUCUAAACGAGUCUGGGAUGCGGAGAUACACACGCACACACACACACAC